AUGUGCAAAGCCGCUGUCUGUGGAACGUGCCAGAAGAGCACUUGGUGGGGAUGCGGGCAGCAUAUUCCUUCGGUCAUGGACUCCGUCGCUGAGGCUUCACGCUGCACCUGCGAGCCCAAGGUGGAGAAGGAGGGCAAGCAGUACCCUCCAAUGGGCAAGCAACCCGGUGUUUAG